GUUGGAGGACAUGUGUGGUGUGAUAUUUGAGCCAUCAGCAAUAGAGCACACUUGGUGGUGGAUGUCCAAGUCAUCUAAAUGUCGUAUCGACAGAGGGCAACAGGUGACAUCCACAGAAUAUUGUAUGCUAAUACAGGCACUCUAAAUCAUGGGCCACAUGGUGGAAAUGGCACGUUACUAAAAUACUGAUAAUCAGACAUGGUUUGUGGCACACCAGGUCCAAUAAGUAGAUGUUCCGAUCAUCUGACUGUACAAUCACACGUAUCGACCAUGGGCAACUCCGGAACAGAAAUCAGAUUCAACUUUUUAGAAUCAUGGGCUUAUCGGAGGUCAGUGAAACUCCACAUUUAAAUACAUUUCUUUCGACACCUUUCAAAGGGGGUGAGCCAACUUCUGAAAGAACGGUAAUAGGGCUGCGUUUGGGUGGCUACAGAUAGCUGUGGGGAGGAAUUGAUUUCACAGAAGAAAAAAAGGAAAAACAAUAACCAGCUACUGAAAAAUGAUUUUGCGCCGGUUUGUUGGGAACGCAUUGGCUGCCUGUUGCAGAAAUCCACCUUCCAUCUUAUAAAUAAAUAUACACUUUCUGAAUGCACGCUCACGCUAAAACAUGAUUAACCAUAUUUCCAAACGUUUGUCUAAAUUUCAACGAUUAGUGGCGUUCUUCAACAAGUAAAUCAGUUGAUAGGAUUGGUGCAGCUACGGUAACCAACCCAUGGAACACAAAUAAAGGAAUCUGAAGGUAGUGCAUGAGUUGGAGAUCUGGGCCAUUCAUCAGGAUGGAGCCACAAAGAGCGUAUUGUUGCCAAAGAAGCGGGCUGAUCCACUCGUCAGGUUGGCCACACGCUGCGUGCCCUUUUCCCAUACGUAAAUACCCACCUGAUCUAUUGACCAGGGAAUGUUUGUGCUGGUGCCCACCUAAACAACAGCCAGAACCUUAUGUGUGACAUGGUGUGAGCCACCUUUCUAAUGGUCAUAGCACUUUUAAAUAUCAUCUCUUUCUCCUUUGGGUCGUGCUAUUUGAAAUUGGGAUUUUGUUACAACAGAAUGCUUGAAUUCAUGGCAUGAUAGUCAGCAUUAAAAUAAGAUAGUUCAAAAUUACUCUGCCAAAAUGACUCUUACCAAACAUUGAAAUAAGCUUGUAUUUAAAUAAACAAAUACAAGGGAAGCAGGUGAGCUUACUUCUCUCCAACUCCAACUGUGCACUUGAAACAAAAAACGCAUAUGGAUUAGUUGUAGAAUAUCCAACCCACAUCUGAUUCCUAAACGUGUAUAUAUAAACGCGUAAUGUGAUGACUGAAUGCAUGUGGGUUUAAAAUCAUUUCUGUUUAAGAAUGGUGAAGGAAAAUGAGUUCUCGGGUCACCGGCAACAGGGUUCGGUUCCUUUUCUUUGGGAAGAAAAGCCCGGGACUCCCAAGAAAGAAUGGAAAUCCGAGACCACUCCAGCAAACUUCAUACCAUCUCCAGCAAAGCUCUUUGUGUCAGUUCCCUUCAAAUGGGAAGAAAAACCCGGAAAGCCGCUGCUUCAGUACCCACAAACACAACUAGAUUCGCCUCUUCUGCCCCCUCCUACACCCGGGCCGGUCUUUUUUCCUCCUCCAACUCAUGGUAAAGUGGGCGCCAUGUCUCAAAAGAGAAGUAACCCUUUCUUAUCCAGUGAUGAGGAUAGCAAUGGUGGUGCUGAUGGUGAUGAUGAAGACGAUGAAGAUGAAGAUGAAGACGACGAUGAUGGCCUGUUAGAACUGGACCUUGAAACUUUCACUUUUAAAGGAAGCAAUCCUAGCUCUGCUCCUGCGCUUCUUGCAAAUCGUCUCAUGACAACAACAAUUAUUUCUAGUGCUGUCCCAGUGCAUAUAUCUUCUGCACACGGAAGUUUCAGUUCUAGACAAAGUUUGGCAGAGGGAGACCAUGACCAACAUGGAAACUGGGCCUUUUCAGCUUCAAAUGUGGCCAGUAAUUCAUCAGAAUAUAACAGUGCAGGGGCUUCUGUUCUGGAGUUCCUUUUCCCAUUGUUUCCUCCUGAUUUGGGUUUCCUCAACAAGGUUUCCCGCCAUGAGAAGGAUGCCGCUGUUGCUUUGCCAGAAUUAUCAGUGAAAGAUAACAUUCACUGUGGCAAUUACAGCGUAGUGGAGAGGAAAACGCGCACUCUUGGAGAAUUGAUUCAGAUGAGUCGUAGAAUAAGUUGUGCAAAGAAGAAGGCCGUUAACAUCAGGAGGCGACAUCCCUCAAUGUGGCAGGAAUUCAUGAGGACAAGGGCAUUUGCCUGCUGCAUCUUCGGCACCAGCGCCAACAAGGCUGCCUCUGGAUUGCACAAGUGGUGGAUUGCAUAGGGCAGCAGCGAAGGAAGAGGCAGAAACAACAGUAGCAGAGAACUAUCCAACACCAGUCCAAAGAGUCAAGAAAUCAGUUCUACCAUGGCUCCAUGAUCAUCUCAUCUUCAGGUUUCUUCAGAAUCAAGGAAUGAAUGUACAGAACUUCCAAGCAAUGAAAUCUCCAAGUAGUUUGUUUAACUAAUGAAUUUGUUGAAUUUUGUAAAA